CUCCGACACAUUCGUUCCUGUCUUCCAGAUGCUGGGCGCAGAGGUGGAGAAUGCCAGGUUGGUGGCUGGGCUGCGGUGAACCCCAAACCAGACCCUAGGCACCCCGAAGCUUGCGACACCACAAGGGCCGGAAGGUUAACAGCAGGAGGUUGCUAGAAUGGGGGCCACUGGGGCCAGGUUGCUGAGGUCCUAUGUCCUGCUGCUGCUGACCAUGCUGCUCCAGUCGGGAAGUCAAGAUCUCACCUGCAUGGUGUCCUCGAGCAAUGUGGACUGGACCCAGACAUUCAACGACACCUGCCUCAAUUUCAGUGGCCUUGGCCUCUCCCUGCCGAGGACCCAGCCCCUGCAGGCCAGUCACUUGCAGGUUCUGGACCUCUCUAGGAAUGGGCUGCGGGCUCUCCCCACAGUCUUCUUUGCCAAACUGGAGAAGCUGCAAACCUUGAUUGUCACCCACAACCGGCUGGUCAGUGUGGAGCCGUCGCUGGCCCUGCGCUGUGAGCUGGAGCUCAGGGUGGACUGUAGCUGUGGACUGGUCUCCUGGCAUGGCAUUCGCCAGAGCAACUGCUCGGAAGAGCUGCUGUGUCUACACCCGGACACGGGAGCACCAGGGAACCUCUCCACCUUCCUCCAGGUCAGCUGUCCCCCCAGCUUGGCCCCGGAGACCAUGGGUGCCCUUGUGGCAGGGACUAUCUUCCUGGCUCUGGCUGUCAGUGGAUCUGUGUUGGCCUGGAGACUUCGACAACACCGAGGAGCCAGUGGCCAGGGUCUCAGCAAAGCCCAGAGUUCACACGAUACCCCUAGACCUGUGACAGGCUUCCUACCAAGGUACAGUAGCCAGGGACCGGGCCCCAAGACCCCGGACACGCCACCAGGUGGGUCCUCACUGGACUAUGAGAAUGUCUUCAUAGGCGAACUGGCUGAGGACAGCUCGGGGUCCGCACCCAGGAGCCCUUCCGAGGACACCGACUUCUACAUGAAUUACAAGGGUGCUGACCUGGACCCUCAGCCGGUGUACUGCAACCUGGAGUCCCUGGGAAGGGUCCCAGCACACAACCAGGAGUCCAUGGCCCCGGGGCGCUGAGUCGUCGCCUCCCCCACCCCACCACCCCCCCUCCCCUUGUGAGGACAAAACAUGAGCCUGGAGACUCUGCCCCUGCAGCCCCCACGCUCCCCAGAACUCUCAAAGUCAGAGGUGGCGCGAGGACCCCCAAAGCAGGAGGGUCACGGACACGGACUGAACCCUCGGUAAAUGCUGG